CAUAAAUAUAGCAUUCUCAUUAAUGUAAGGUUGAACAUCCGACGUUCCGACGCAAUGGUCGCUUCGACUAAGAGCUCCAGAAACUGAAAAAAGCUGCAGAUCAUGACAGCAGGCUUUCGUUUUCUUUGCAACACCUCCACAGCCCAUGGGGAACUGCCAAGUAUCAUACUAGGGUGUUCUGCCUAAUACGGGAGGUAUCUGUCUCGUGAAAUACAGUGUCCCGUGUUGUCUGUCAUCGCAAUAGUUCAAGCAAUUGACAUUGGUUCUUUUACUCGGAUAAUAUAUCUUUAAAAGCUGAGCUCUCACCUGACAUGGAGCUGGCGAAGGCUCGUACAUCCACCAAGCACCAUUUUUACCAUGGCAGGCAUCGGCAUCACGCUAGAUACCGCUGCUGUAAUCUCAACAGUGAUGGAAGGCAUUUUGUAUGGUUUUUCGGUGCUCAUGUUCAUGGGUACCAUCUGGACAUUGACCCACAAACGUCGUAUGAAGGACGUCAAUCGCCCAAUCGUUGUGGUGGCCAUCUUGCUGUUGGUACUGAGUACUGCACACAUGGUCGUAGACAUCAUUCGUAUCGAACUGGGAUUGGUGACGUAUCGCGACACAUUCCCAGGUGGGCCAGCGGCGUUCUUCGCAGACAUUACCCAAGCCACGUGUUUGAUCAAGAGUGCGAUAUACAUCUUUCAAACUAUUGUUAGCGAUGGGAUGCUAAUUUAUCGAUGUUACAUCAUUUGGCAAUCUAUCUGGGUUAUCAUCUUCCCGAGCAUGCUGUUGUUCGGUAUCACAGCGUCUGGUAUUUAUGCGGUCUAUAAUGCCUCACAAGCGACCAGCGAUGCCGGAAACGUCUAUGCCAAAGGGACUGGUCCAUGGAUCAUUGCGUACUAUGCCAUGACACUUACGACUAAUUUGUGGGCUUCCGCACUUCUGGCAUAUCGUAUCUGGAUCGCACGUAAAAUUCCCACUACCAAGAGCACCACGAAGUCAAUAGUGCGCAUGCUUGUGGAGGCCGCUAUUUUGUACUCUAUAGCGCUCUUAUCUCUACUGGUGGGUUUCGUCCUGCAGAACAACGGACAUUAUAUUUUGCUAGACAUGAUCAUGCCGAUUAUCUCGAUCACCUUCUACACGGUGCUUAUCCGCAUCGCAAUCAAAAAUGGAGCUCCCGAUCACCUCCCGACUGUCCGUGGAAGCACAGGCAGUGAGACGACACGAAGGAACUCGCGGCAUCAUCCUACGAGGCCUUUGCAAGUGCAUAUAUCCCGGCAUACGCACAACGACGGUGCCUUGAGAUACGGAACAGAGCAGGACCUAUCGCCAACCAAGGCGGAGUCUGUGACGGAGUUGUCGUGCGCCGUAUGAACUUGUGAAGUGUCGUUUUCGUCUUUGCUUUUUGCCUUUCGUCUCGAGUCGAUGAUCGGUUUCCGUAUAUCGAAGAUGGUCCCUCCGUCAUAGAUUUUUGUAGUUCCCUCCUCGCUCCACCCUUUUUAACCAUUCAGUGUAUAAUGAUUGUUUGCAAUGUUUUGUGACCUCCGGAGGCUCCUAUUGAUUUUAAGUCACGCUCACCAGCCUGAACACUCCUAAAUGCUGAACUCGGAACUCUCAGCAGCUACUUAUCACAGCGUUUGAUCACUCCUGCUCGUGUUCCCAGAGAGUACUCGUAAUUUGCAAUCCAUUACUUGUUUAUACAUUAGGUGAUCACAAUAUUUCAGCUGGUAAAUUACCUACCAGUGUCAUUACCC